AUGGGAUAUAAUGAAGCGACAUCAUUAUGGACAAGAAUGUAUCAAGAAGAUCAUGGUAUUAUUCAUAAUCGAUUUUUUGAUACGAGUAUUAAAAAAAAUGUUUCAUUAGAUACUCGAGAUGAAGGACAAUGGUCUGAUCCUAAAGUUGAACCUAUAUGGAUCACAGCAACAAAACAAAAUAAAAGAUCUGCUGUAAUUUAUUGGCCAGCAGCUCAAAAUAUGUUUCAUGGUAUUCGUCCAAUCAUCUACAAUGCGUUAUAUUCUGAUGCUAUUCCAAUGCGUGAAAAAAUAGAUAAUGCUAUUAGUUAUUUUCGUGAAAACCUUGUCCAAUUAGCUAUGCUUUAUCAUUCUGAACCCGAUCAACAAGGUCAUUGGUAUGGUCCUGAUUCAAUUGAAACUCGUGAAGCACUUUUUCGUCUUGAUGACGAUAUUGACUAUUUAUUAAACAAAGUCAAAAAUGAACUUAAUAAUGACUUGAACAUCAUUGUUCUAUCUGAUCAUGGAAUGACAAAUAUUACACAACUAAUUCAACCAUUUCGUGAAGGUUAUAUUAAUAGGUCAGCAGUGGAAGAUAAUAUUCUCGAUGGUCCAAUAUUUAGUGUUACUCCUCGUGCAGGACAGUUUCAACAAGUAUUCGAUGGUUUACGUCGAAUUCCUGGUGUUAUAGUUUACAAACGUGAAGAUUUUCCAGAACAAUAUCAUUAUUCAAAAGCAACUUCUCGAGUUGGUGAAAUAAUUGUUGUACCUAAUAAUGAAGGCGUCCUUUUUUCACAAGGUAAUCAUGGAUAUGAUAAUACACUUCCAUCAAUGCAAGCUAUAUUUAUGGCUCAGGGUCCAGAUUUUAGUCAAGAUCUUGAAAUAUAUUCACUAAAAAAUGUUGAUGUUUAUCAUAUUGCUUGUAAAAUUUUGAAUCUUAAACCGAAUCCUUAUGCAACAGCUGGGUCACUUAACAAUUUAACUGGCAUAUUUCGUUCGAGAAUGAAUAAAUGUUCUCAAUCAUUCAUAAACAUUGAAAAAACGAAACAGAAUGUUAAUUCAAGAAUAAAUAUUGAUCAAAUAUAA